UCCUUCAGGUUUAGGUACCCAGUGUGCACGCUCUGGUGCCAAAAGCCCCACAGUCAAACAUGGCAGCCUCCAUGAAUUGGCUUCAUGCACCAUUGAGCAGCUCCCAUAGGAAUCCAUGAAACCGGAUGGGACUUGCUGGUGGGCCAAGUGUGUGAGAGGUCACUGGACAGGAGGUCAAGAGGUCACACAUUAACCCCCCCUUGACCCUAUAAGAUGAGUAUUUCUGUAAAGGGUGAGGAAUGUGAGUUGAUGGUGAGACACCUUUCAUUUUUUCUUUCCUUUUUUCUGAACACACAAAGGGUUACUCUGUCUAUGUGUCUCUUUCACCAUGUGUCAGUGUAUAUAAGCUUAGAUCAUGGAAAUUCUAUAGUACUCUAACAGGAAGGAAGGAGGGUGAUUGAGACAGGGAAGGGAAGGUGCAGCAUUGCAAAAAUGUAUUAUCUAUGCUUCACAAUGGCACUGUUCCAUGAAAGCCAUGCUGUGCAUCCUUCAUGGAAUGGGUACUGUUUUUGUGGAUGAGUUAUUUGUAAGUUAUUAUGCAAUACCAUUCACGCAAUUCUUAAAGGCAAGUCCUGUUUUUCGAAGAAUAUUAUAACUGAAAUUUUCCCCCAUUGAAGUAUGUAUGCCUUACACCAAUGAUUACACACCUUUAUGGCAAUUUAAACAAAUGUCAUUUAGCUGAAAUACACUGAAACCCCAUUUAGACCAAUGUUGUAGAUGCAUUUUCGAACAUGGCAUACGUUGUUUUGGAUUUAUAAGUUUGUCUGGAAAUUAUAUAAUUAUAUAAAUAUGACAUAAUCAGAGGUCAUUAGCUCAAAGUUAGUUCAAACUGGUGUCAGGAGUGUGCGUUUUGUAGCUGACUAGCAAGAGGGUCAACACUUGUUGUCAUUGCUUCUAAUUCCUCCAAAUUCAGUUUCAGUAUUCCCAAUUUCCACUUUUCUGAUUUCCUGAACUUCAUCAUCUUACCUCACAAAUAUUGGUUCCUCUCUCUGCUGAGCCAUAUUUUCCUAUAUUUCAGGGUUAGAUUUGAAUUUAUUACUUUUUUACAUUAAAAAGGAAAAUAGAACCUCAUUAAUCAAUAAACAGUAGCACUCGAUUUAGUGUUAUAAGCACAAUCCUGUCCUGGCUGUCAACCUCAGUACACUGAUGAUUUACAAUGGGAAGGGUCAGUCAGCCAGCAAUGUCAAGUUAUUGUAUUAACCUUCUCUCAGUGUAGUGUUAAUACACUUAAAGUGUCCAUUCAAUCAGUCAGUGCGUAUACACUACAUCAACUCACUGGACCUUUAAACACCAAUGGGACAGACACAUUCUACUAGGAAGGGUGCAGUCUGUUAAAGGUGUGGAAGCCCAAUUUGAGGCUGGUCGGGGGAGGAUAGAGUAGUCAAAAGUGUAUAUAAGGUACAGUCAGACAGGAAGACUUUCUUGUUGAGCGAUUUCUAUCUAGCUGAUCUUGUUUUUUAUUUUAUGCCCAAAAUUUUGGCCACAAUGCUGGGACAUGUGGUCCUGCAGACUUUACUUGUUCUCUGGCUGGCACAGAACACUCUACAAGGAGGUACUAUACAUCAAGGUGGUGGGGGAGUGGGAAAAAUGCUGAUGCCAUCAAGAGGAGCUGGGGUUCCUCUGGGCAUGCAGGGUGGUCAUGGGCAUGGAGCUAAACCCAGCAAGACAGGGGGUGGAUAUGGGGGUGCAGGAGGAAAACAUAUGAAACAAGGAUAUAUAUCUUGGCCCGUCUAUGGGGCUGCCCUUGGAAUGGGGAUUGGCAGGGGGCUGGGCCCUCAAGCAACAAAACCCAGAGGAGGAUAUGGGGGCAAUGGUUUUGGCUAUGGAGGACAGGCUUUCGGAGGUUACAGACCAGGAGCAAGCACCUACCUGAGACCUGGAUUUGGAUUCGGGGCAGGUGCUGGAACUGGCUAUCCCAACGUUGGAGGGGUUAAGGCAGGCAAGCCAGGAUAUGGUGCUGGAGCUGGGAUUGGAUACCCUAAUGGUGGAGGGGCUAAAGCAGCUAAACCAGGUAAUGGUGCUGGAGCUGGUGUGUUCACUGGACAGGGGGCUAAACCCAAUGGUAAUGGUGCAGGAGCUGGUAUGCCCAAUGGACAGGGAGCUAAACCCAAUGGAUAUAAUGCUGGAACUGGAUAUCCUCAUGGAGGAGUGGCUAAAGCAACCAAACCAGGUAAUGGUGCUGGAGGUGGUGUGCCCAAUGGACAGGGUGCCAUCUCAAAUGGAUAUGGUGCUGGAUACCCCAACAGGGGAGGAAUUAAAGCAUCCAAACCAGGUUAUGGAAUUGGAGUCCCGAAUGGCCAGGGGCCAGCAGGGGUUGGAGAAGGUGUUCCCAAUGGUGGAAGAGCUAAACCUGUACCUGCAGGUUAUGGUGUACCCAACAGACAUAUGGCUAAAGUAGCAAAUCUGGGUUAUAGACUGGGAGUAUUUGUGCCUAAUGGACAAGGCACAAAGGUUUUUGGAGCUGGAAUGCCUACUGGAAAGAGCAAUAAAGCCAUACCUGUGGUGCCCCAAGAACAGCGCACUAAAGAUGUGGUUCCUGUUGCACAGGGUGGUAAAAAUUCGGGACCUGUGGUUCCUGUUGCACAAGGUGGUAAAAUCCCUGGACCUGUGGUUCCCCAUGCACAAGGUGGUGAAAACCCUGGUCCUGUGGUUCCUGAUGCACAGGGUGGUAAAAUCCCUGGACCUGUGGUUCCCGAUGCACAAGGUGGUGAAAACCCUGGUCCUGUGGUUCCUGAUGCACAGGGUGGUAAAAACCCUGGUCCUGUGGUUCCCGAUGCACAGGGUGGUAAAAACCCUGGUCCUGUGGUUCCCGAUGCACAGGGUGGUAAAAACCCUGGUCCUGUGGUUCCUGAUGCACAGGGUGGUAAAAACCCUGGUCCUGUGGUUCCCGAUGCACAGGGUGGUAAAAACCUUGGAGCCGUGGUUCCUGUUGCACAAGGUGGUAAAAACCCUGGGCCAGCGAUUUCUGCAGAAAAGACCUCAAAACUCAGUGGAGCUGUGGUUCCUGAUGGAGGGGUAGCACCUGAAGUGCCUUCAACACCUGGACCGGUGGCUCCUGCAGGAAAGACCUCUAAAGGCAUGGGAGCUGUGGUGUCUGAAGGACAGGGUGCUAAAUCCUCAAAUCUGGGUUAUAUUACUGGAGGCAUUGUGCCUGAUGGACAGCGGCCUAAAGUAGCCAGUACCGGAAAUGGUGCUGGCGCGGGAUAUCUUAAUGGACAGGGGGCUAAGACAACCAAGCCGGAUUGUGGUGGUCGAGCUGGAUUCUUCAAUGGACAGUGGGCUAAAGUACCAAAUAUGGGAGCUGGUGUGCCCAAUGGACUGGGGGCAAAAGCAGCUAAACCAGGACAUGGUGCUGGAGCUGGAACUGGAUAUCCCAAUGGAGGAGGGGCUAAAGCAGCCAAACCAGGCUAUGGAAACAGUAAUGGUGCUGGUGUGCAUCCUGGUCUUGGUGGCAGCCCCUAUGGUGGACAGAGUGUAGGCCCAGGAGGAGCUGGAGGAAAUGGAAAAUCUGAGAAGUAUGGGGGUGCUGCUGGCCCUGCUUCUCCUGGUACUGCUCAGCUGCCCUAUGGGGGCCAGCCAGUCGUUCCGGCUGGGUUGGGAGUCAAUGGCAAGUCUGGUGGUUACAGUAUGGGGAAGCUGCCAUAUGGACCGAAGCACAGUCAGCCUGCGGGCCUGGGGGCUGACACUGGCCUGGGUGAAUAUGGUGGACUGGGUGCUGGGUUGGGUUUGGAAUCUGUUCCUGGCAAGUAUGGUGGUGUUGGUCAACAUUCUUUCAAUGGUGCCCCAAUAAUUCCUGCUGCACUGGAUGGAACUAGUCAGAUACCAGUUGAUCCCCCAGCAGUUGCUGAUGGAAAGUCAGCUGGUCUGUACGGAAUGGGGGGUUUGCCAUAUGGUGCCCAGCCCCUUGCGCUGGGAGGUGAACGGAAACCUACUGGAAAAUAUGGCGGGUUGCCAUACGGUGCUCAGCCCCUUGGAAUGGGGAAUAAUGGGAAAUCUUCUGCCAAAUUUGGAAUUGGUGGGUUACUCUUCGGUACCCAUCCCCUUGGCCUGGGCUCCAAUGGGAAAGCUGCUGGCAAAUAUGGGCAUGGCAGAUUGCCAUAUGGUGCCCAGCCCCUCGGAUUGGGGAGUGAUGGGAAAUUCCAAAGUAAAUUUGGGAGAAUACCAUAUGGUGCCCAGCCGCUUGGAUUAGGGCCCGAUGGGAAAUCUGCUGGAAAAUAUGGAGGAGGGAGUUACGGGAAACCUACGGGAAAAUAUGGAAAUGUAGGGUUGCCAUAUGGUGCACAGCCAAUUGGACUUGGGACUGAGGGAAAAUCUGCUGGAAAUGGAGGGUUACCAGCUCAGCCUGUUGUACUUGACGGCAAUGUGAAAUCUUCUGGAAAAUAUGGAAAUGGAGGGAAUCUGAAUGGGGAAGUUCAGCCAGAAGUUGUUUUACAGUCCCUUACUCCCUCAUUUCCUCCAUCCCCUGCACUUCCAGUUUCUCUUUCAGUCACCCCUGUUCCAUCCUUGACUGAAGACCCUUCACUGCCCCCUGUAGUUCCCACACUCCCCCCUGUUAUUCCAUCAUCCCCUCCUGUCCUUGUAGUCUCUGAGGUUCCCUUAGACCAUGAAGCCCCGGCAGUCCCUGAUUCCCCUGAAGCUCCAGAAGUCCCAUUAGACUCUGUACUGCCUGAGAUCCCCUUAGUCCCUGUAGUCCCCUUAGUCUCCUCAGUCCCUUUAGUCCCCUCCUUGACAGGUUCAGUGGACCUGCCCGCUCCAGUGCUGCUCCUUGCCACAGCUGACCCUUCCAGCCUACCGCCAGACAGCCAAACACAAGCUCCGCUGCCUGCACAGACCGAUGCGUUCGAGCUGAUCCUUCAGCCUCAUCCCCAGAUACACAUUAAGCAACAUCUGAAGCUGCAGUUUCACCCGCAGGGUAAAACAUGGAGAGCUGGGCCAGACACCAAAUUUGGAUUAAAUGGAUUCUUUGGCAAUGGAUACCAAGGCUGAACAUGGCGCCAUUGACCCCAGGGACAAAUAAUAGUCUUUUUAUUUGUUAAUUUGUGUCUCUCUGGUUAUUGUAUAUUUGUGUUUGUUUUUGUUCAUUUUUGUUCACUGAAUGCCCCUGUCCCUGUUUGUGUUACUGCUUUCAUCAGUACCUCGUUGUCCAGCCCCUCCAACCUUCCGUGUUUUGUAGGUUUUUAUCCCCACGUUUGUAUGACAAUCACUGAAUCUCAGAAAACAUCUGUAGAAUAAUGUUAUGCUGUUUUUUUAUUUAUUGAAUGAUAUAACUUCUUUUACACAAAACAUUUUUUUUGCAUUCUUCAUAUUUCUUUCAUUGCUCAGAUACCUUCUUCUUUCCAUCCUUCUAUCUGUAUCAGACUGAUUGUCUCUCAUACAUAACCAUGGGUGUAUUCUACCCAUGGUGUAUUCUACCCGUAUAAACUCUGUAAGAGUUAAUUUAACACUUUGUCCCCACUAAGGGGGGCCCUGGAUAUUUUUUAUUUGUAACUAUUUUUAAUCAGUUACUAAAUAUAUUGGGUGGGGGGCCCUCCCCAUAUAUUUUGUCCUGGGCCUGAUCAUUCAUAGCUGUGGCCCUGGGUGUAUCACUGCAGUAAUCAAGGGUCCAUCCAAUCACAUCUGCCUCAUCAAGGCUGACUGAGGCAGCAUAAGUGCACUGGAGACAUUUCAUGAUGAAAUAUGGAGCAUUUCUGCACAGUAAAAUGUCCUGUGUUAAUUGAACUCUGGCCAUAGUGGACUCAUAUAAACUGUAUAAACUCAUCUGUAAGAGUUGAUUUAACACUGAACAUUUUACUGUGGGUGCAUAAAAAUGGACAAUAUAUCUAUAUAUGCUAUCCUGAAAUCAGCAAGAAAAUGCUGUUGCUGCCCUCAUUGUGGAAACAAUGUCACUGAGGUGUUAAGGGGAACAGAAAAAUCAUAAAUUGAUGUAUGAUAUUACAUUGAAUUAUUCCAAAUCACAAUAGUUCAGUUAACCUAGAACCGGUGGCCUAUUUCAAACUUUCAUUCUGAACUCUGCAUUGGAAUGUUGGGAUGAUGGAAUGUUGACUUAAAUUAGAAUUACAGCAGAUUAAAUGCUUUAAAUGCUAUCCAGCUUUAUGGUCCUGUCCUAUGAAGUUAUGUUCCUUACUUUUGAAAAUUGGGCUGAAGGAAGGCUUUACUUGUAUUUCCCCCUCUAAAGGCUUUCAGUUCUAUUGCAAACCUUAUGCUGUGUGCAUUUCCCCAGAAACUCAAUUGAUUGUUUGGUAACAGGUUUCAUUAAUGGUAAAUGCCAUGUAUUUCAUAUUAACUCAGUCUAACAUUGCCCUUUGUCAAGGUAUCUAAACAUUGUGAUCACAGACCAGAUGAUAGGUAUUGUGCACAGGAAAACACACUUUCUGUUGGUAACACCUGUUUAAAAGAGCGGAGCUUUGUUGUCAUUUUGCAGCUACAGUUAACAGCUUGCUAAACUCAAGCAAUGCUCUUUCUACUUUUAAUGUACUGUAACCAAGUAGCUUUUUGGCUAAUUUUCAGACUCACACAUAAUCUGUGAUCAAAAUAACACACUGCACUGGUUCAGUUAUAAAUAUGUCAGUAUGAAUGUUAAAGCUCUUGGCUUCAAGGAUUAAUGUCAGAGUAUUUCUGUAGAUAUGCGCUUUCUUUGGAGGUGUUGACUAAUGCCUUAACUCCACAUUUAAGGUUUAGGUGUACAUAACCAUUGGUACUGUACCGCUAGUAUCACUGUAGUAUUUAGGAGGCAUAAAUCAAUUAAAAACUGUUCAUCAUAAUUAUUUCACUAUCCAGAGUGACAAAAAAUGUGGUAUUGUUUCAGGCUGCAAUUUUAUUUAAUAGGUGGUGGUGCUAAAGAAAGUAAUGAGUACAAAUAUAUUAUAUUGUAUGUGCAUUUGUAAUGGUUUGCAUUUUUUUAUGCCAAAUUUACCUGUACAUACUACUGCACACCAUUUAAAUUGCUAUCUUAAAACCAUAGCCUCCAAUAUAUUGUUGAGGAAUACAGGAAUAUUGUUGUGAUUGUGAUUCUGUAAAUUGUGAGUGAAAAUUUUAUCAUUGUAUUUACAAGUAAACCCUAAUUCCCUCUU